UCUCUCUCGUCACUGUAGCGAGAGGCACAGCGUGCGGAGCAAGCCUCUUGCCUCUUCUUCCUCCUCCUCCUCCUCCUCAUCCUGGUGGCUCAGCUGCUUUUCUUCCUCCGCAGUCCGGAAGCUUCUUCUUCUUACUCUUCAUUCUUCUUUUUUUUUCUUCUUUCCCCCCCCCCCCUCUCCCGCUUCCUGCAUCCCCACUUUGGAUAGCUUUCCUUUCCUGCGUUUCUCCCCAAUUUGUUCCUUUUUUUUUCUUUUUUUAAAAUUUAUUUUUUGCGCACUGAGGACGUGUCGGCGGCUGGCGUCUGGGUGCGUGCGCGGGUGUACAGGCGCGUGCGUGCACGCGACCAUGGAUCUCCGCAUGCUGCUAGCGCUGCGCGCGUGCUUGUUGCUGUUCCGCGGAGCGACGCUGCGUGCCGACUCCAUCAUUCACAUUGGCGCCAUCUUUGAGGAGAACGCAGCCCGAGACGACGAAGUGUUCCAGCUGGCCGUGUCCGACCUCAGCCUGAGCGACGACGUGCUGCAGAGUGAGAAGAUCACGCACUCCAUCAAACUCAUCGAACCCAACAACCCUUUCCAGGCCGUGCAAGAAGCCUGCGAGCUGAUGAAUCAAGGCAUCCUGGCGCUGGUGACGUCGACGGGCUGCGCCUCGGCCAGCGCGCUGCAGUCUCUGACGGACGCCAUGCACAUCCCGCACUUGUACAUCCAGAGGAACGGCGGCGGCUCGCCCAGGACCUCGUGCCAGCUCAACCCGAGUCCCGGAGGUCGCGGGUACACGCUGGCGGCGCGGCCUCCCGUGCGCCUCAACGACGUCAUGCUGACGCUGGUGGAAGAGCUGCGCUGGCAGAAGUUCAUCGUCUUCUACGACAUUGAGUACGACAUGCGAGGCCUUCAGAGUUUCCUGGACCGUGCGUGUCGAGAAGGUUUGGACGUGUCUCUGCAGCGGGUGGACAAGAACAUCAGUCAGGUGUUCAGCGACCUGUUCACGUCCAUGAGGACGGAGGAGCUCAACCGGUACCGCGACACGCUGCGCCGCGCCAUCCUGCUGCUCAGCCCGAACGCCGCGCACACCUUCAUACAACAGGCAGUGGAAACCAAUCUGGCCUCCAAGGACAGCCACUGGGUGUUUGUUAACGAGGAAAUCAGCGACACGGAGAUCCUGGAGCUGACCCACAGCGCACUGGGGCGCAUGACGGUCGUUCGGCAGAUUUUCCCGCUGUGGAAAGACGGCGGAGCGCGAUGCGUGAGACACAACCAUCGCAUCUCGUCGCUGCUGUGCGACCCUCAGGAAGGAUACCUGCACAACCUGGAGGUCUCGAACCUGUACCUGUAUGACAGCGUGCUGAUGCUGGCCAACGCCUUCUACCGGAAGCUGGAGGACAGGAAGUGGCACAGCAUGGCCAGUCUCAACUGCAUCAGGAAGUCCACCAAGCCCUGGAACGGAGGCUGGUCCAUGCUGGAGACCAUUCAAAAGGGCAACAUCACGGGACUGACGGGCACCAUGGACUUCAAAGACAGCGGCGCCAACGCUCACGUCCGCUUCGAGAUCCUCGGCACCAGUUUCAGCGAGACCUUCGGCAAGGACGUCAAGAGGUUGGCUACAUGGGACGCGGUGCACGGCCUGAACGGCAGCCUGAAGGAGAGCCGGAUCGAGAGCGGCAUGCAGGGAGUCACCGUCAAAGUGGUCACGUUGCUGGAGGACCCGUUUGUGAUGGUGGCCGAGAACAUCCUGGGCCAGCCCAAACGAUACAAAGGCUUCUCCAUCGACGUGCUGGAUGCCCUCGCCAAGAUCCUGGGCUUCAAGUACGACAUCUACCAGGUGUCCGACAGCAAAUACGGAUCUCGGCUGCCCAACGGCUCCUGGAACGGCAUGAUCGGCGACCUCAUCAACAAGAGAGCCGACCUGGCCGUGUCGGCCGUCACCAUCACGCCGGAGCGGGAGAACGUGGUGGACUUCAGCAAGCGCUACCUGGACUACAGCGUGGGCAUCCUGCUGCGGAAGCCCGAAGAGAAGAUCAACAUCUUCUCGCUCUUCGUGCCUUUCGAUUUGGCCGUGUGGGCCUGCAUCGCCGCCGCCAUCCCGGUGGUGGGGGUCCUCAUCUUCCUGCUCAACAGGCUGCAGGCGCUACGCUCGUCGGCCGCGCGCAACGCCCCCCCGCCGGGCCCCACCGGCGAGGGCUCGGCAUCCGGAUCCCUGCACAGCGCCAUUUGGAUCGUCUACGGGGCCUUUGUGCAGCAAGGCGGCGACGGCGUGGUGAGCUCGGUGGCGCUGAGAAUCGUCAUGGGCAGCUGGUGGCUCUUCACACUCAUCGUGUGCUCGUCCUACACGGCCAACCUGGCGGCGUACCUCACCGUGUCCCGGAUGGACCACGCCAUACGGUCCUUCCAGGACCUGUCGCGGCAGAUGGACGUGGACUACGGCACGGUGCGGGACUCGGCCGUGUACGACUAUUUCCGCAACAAAGGCACCAACCCUCUGGAGCAGGACAGCACGUACGCCGAGCUGUGGCGGACCGUCAGCAAGAACGGCGGCCUGGACUACUCGGUGUCCAGCCCCUCCGAGGGCAUACGCAAGGCCAAGAAGAGCGCGUACGCCUUCCUGUGGGACAUGGCGGCGUUGGAGUACGCGGCGCUGACCGACGACGACUGCGCCGUCACCGUGUCGGGCAGCGGCGUCAGCAGCAAAGGCUACGGCAUCGCCAUGCAGCACGGCAGCCCCUACCGGGACCUCUUCUCCCAAAAGAUCCUGGAGCUGCAGGAGAAGGGUGAUCUGGACAUCCUGAAGCAGAAAUGGUGGCCCCGCGCGGGGCGCUGCGACCUGAGCAGCCACGCCAGCGCGCACCCGGACGGCCGCUCGCUCAAGCUGCACAGCUUCGCCGGCGUCUUCUGCAUCCUGGCCGCCGGGCUGCUGCUGGCCUGCCUGGUGGCCGGCCUGGAGGCCUGGUGGAGCGGCGACGGCUGCCGCCGCCGCGGGGCCAAAGAGGUCGCUAAGGAUUACAGGCUGGCUUUGGUUUCGGGUCCGUUGACUUAUAAUGACUUUGCUUCGUCCGAGGGGAGGAGGGACAUUUGGACAGACAGAGGGAGAGGCUGGCAGGAAGCGCAUGCCACUGGCACAGGACAAGGAGGUGAACCUGGAACAGGUGCAUCGGCGUAUGAACAGUCUUUUGGACGAGGACUUGGUCCACAAGCAGAUCCCCGGCCCCUCUAUCGAGAUCUCUGCGCUGGACAUCGGCAGCAUGCGGCCCACCCAGGCGGGCCUGAUGCCCACGGGCCUGGCUGUGACCACCUUCCUGCCCAGGGAGGGGGCGCCGCCGCCGGCAUCUCUGAGCCACCCUCACCUUGGGGGGACCCUAGGCAGGACGCUACCGCCGCCGCAGCUCCCUGGCAGCACCACGCUACCGCCCCAGCUCGCGGGCACCAUGCAGUGCAAGCACAGGGCGCCCAACGGGGGGCUCUUCCGCCAGAGCCCUGGCAAGGUGCCGCUCUACCAGGCAGGACCCAUAGCCGCAGCCAUUGACGCCACCCACAGCACCUCCAUUUAGGCCUUGAGGCACCCACCCCUCAAAAAAAGGAAGAUUUUGUUUUUGUUUUUAUCCAGCGCUCUUGACUGGUGUAAAUAACAAAAAGAACAGAGUGAGCUCCAAAUGUAUUUUGAAUAUUCUCCAUUUUUGAAGUUGAGCUCGACAAAACACAUUCAAAAAGAUGAACUAUAUAAACGAUAUAAAUAUCUAUCUCGACAUGAUGCCAACGUUCUGACUGCUCUCCAAGUUUAGUUGAAAAAGGACAAGGAAAAAAAAUUCAUUGUAGUUGUUUACAAAGUGCCCCGGAAAAAAAAAACAAAAAAAAAACUGUUUCCAUCCGCCGCCCGUUUGUUGUUAAUGUCACGGUCACCUUGACAACCGACAGAAAUCAUCACAAUCAUUAUCUUUAAUCACCCAUGUUUCAUUCCCUCUCCCUAAAACUUCAUUCGACGCUAAAAUGUUUGAGAGGUCCGCGUUAUUUUUAUCUCGGGCCGAGAUGCUCGGCGCUGGGUUGCCAUGACAAACGCUAUUCCAAACACACAAAACAUUUUUUUUUUGUCUUUGGCAGCUUUCACUUCUCUUGUUCAACAUGUUACGUGUCAUAAGUGUGGGUUUGAUCAAUUCCAGCCGAGAAGGAAACGGGAGCGGCGUCACCCGAAGCGCAAUUGGGGCGAAUCUGUCGACAUGCAGCGCCCCCUGCAGUCCUGGAGGAACGAAGGAAGGGCUUUGUUCACUUUUCAACAGACCAAAUGUUCAACUUUUUGAGGCACAAAAAUGUAAUGAGUUCAUUUCAAGACCUUGACCCUGUUCAGUGCUCAUGAAAUUCGCAUCAUUUUUCGGUUUAGGGCCCCUCGCUCACCGGCCUUGGAGACAAGUUGACGACUCGAGUCUCAGCGAGGACAACUGCGGAGAAGCCAGAUCGCCAGGGAGUCUCGGUAAUUUCAAACGGAUCUUUUUUUCUUUUUUUUUUUUUGGUCGUCGGAGUCACGGCCGUUGCCAUAGCGUGCCGCGCGCGUUCUCGAGACACCUAUUUUCACAACUGUUUUAGAUUGUGGAGGGGGGGGGGGAAACAGCGUAAUGUCCCCUCUGAUGUCAUAAUGGUGACAUUUACCAAGGCUCAUUUGGCGCAUUAAGCCUCGUGAAUCAAGUGAAACAAACACGAAGCGCAACUUUUUUUUUUUUUCCCUUCCGUUCCGCUCAAUAAAGCAGUCUCGACCUCCUCGCCGCUAUUUCCACACACCGCGCUACUCGCCUCCUCCCCGCCAGCUCUGGAAGUCCAUCAUGGGAGAUUCCCGAAACGAACAUUAGUUCAGGCUGCCGGUUGCUUUUCCUUCACUGCCGCGAGCCGGAAAAGAUGAGCUGCGCUCGCUCCAUGUCUGCAUAGAUUUCUCAGUGAUCAAAGGUUGAGUGGAGACAACUUGGACUCUUUUUGGUCGUUCAAGAUUUUUCCGCUUGAAUGUUAACAUUCAAAUGUUAACAAGCCACGCCUACAAUUUAAAGACGCCAUCUUGACCAAGUCCAAUUGCAUCCGUUCAACUUUCAGCUCACGUCCACUCGCUUGUGUGUCCCGGGGAGGCUUUGCUUGUCUUUAGUGUUCCGACGGAGGACUUUUUAUUUAUCGACACGCUGCUUGGACUUUCGUAUCUUUAAUAAAGGAGUAUGUUUACAACA